CCGGCAGAUUGGAAUGUGUGUUAGUGUGGGUUUCGCUGUGGCGGCGAAGGUGCGUGCCGCUCCAUGUGAUACUAAACUUAAGCUGUUGUGUACAAAGUUAUACAUUAUUCGUUGUGAUAGUUAUCCAAAUAGACUACAGCAAAGAUGUCAUUCCGACUGGUUCGACAAAGCAAGUUCCGUCACGUAUAUGGCACCUGCUUAAAAAGGGAACAGUGCUUUGAUAAUAUUCGAGUAAGCAAGUCAUCAUGGGAUUCCACAUUCUGCGCCGUCAAUCCAAAGUUCUGCGCCAUUAUAGUAGAGUCAGGUGGAGGCGGAGCAUUCAUUGUCCUACCACUCAGCAAAUUAAAUAAGACUACUAUUCUAUCGAAGAAAGCAUCGACGGCUGGGCGUAUACCCCCGGAUCAUCCACUGGUAGGUGGACACAAAGGUCCUGUGCUGGACAUCGCAUGGGAUCCCUUCAAUGACAAUGUCAUAGCUUCAGGGUCAGAAGAUUGCGUCGUCAAAGUCUGGCAGAUCCCUGACCAUGGCCUGGUAACGACCAUGACAGAACCGGUAGUUGACCUCGUCCACCACCAGCGGCGAGUUGGCCUGGUUCUAUGGCACCCGACGGCAAAUAAUAUCCUCCUCUCAGCUGGCUCAGAUAAUGUGAUUGUCAUCUGGAACGUGGGCUGUGGUGAAGCUCUGAUCACCAUUGACUCAGUUCACCCAGACCUCAUCUAUUCGUGUAGUUUCAACUGGGAUGGCUCACUCCUCCUAACCACCUGCAAAGACAAAAAGAUCAGGAUCAUCAACCCGAGGGAUGGUGAAGUGUUUGAGGAAGCAACAUCUCAUGAAGGGAGCAAGGCCACACGUGCCAUCUUCCUACGAAAUGGAUUGGUCUUUACCACUGGCUUCAGCAAGAGAUCAGAGCGACAGUACUCUCUACGCGCCCCAGGCCACCUCGAUGACCCUAUCACAAUGGUAGAGCUGGACUCUUCCAAUGGUGUAAUGUUCCCUAUGUAUGAUCCAGAUUCUAACCUAGUUUUCCUUUGUGGCAAAGGUGACAGUGUUAUCCGUUAUUUUGAGAUCACACCAGAAGUGCCAUUCGUCCACUACAUAAACACCUUCCAGUUACCAGAUCCACAGAGAGGUAUUGGCAUGAUGCCCAAACGAGGUGUUGAUGUCACCACAUGCGAAAUCACCCGAUUCUACAGGCUCAACAACAAUGGCUUCUGUCAAAUCAUUACCAUGACAGUGCCAAGAAAGUCAGAGUUGUUCCAAGAGGACUUGUACCCUGAUACCCCCGGAGAUAUUCCAGCAGUGUCGGCCGAAGAGUGGUGGGAAGGUGUCUCAAAGGAACCCAUUCUCAUGUCAUUAAAAGAUGGUUAUCAAGCCACACAAAAGUGUGAGCUCAAAGUUACCAAAAAGAAGACCAACAUCUUAGAUAAGAUGCCACCCACUGGGAAAGUGAAGUCUGAAGAAGACGGAAAGGCAGUUGCUGUUUCUACAGAAGCAUUGGAGAAGGUCAAAGAGGUCACCAAAGUCAAUGAUGACUUGCGGAAGAAGAUAGACGAGUUGCAGUCAGAGAUGAAGAAGUUCAAGGCAGUGUUCUUGAAACAAGAGAAUCGCAUUAGGGUCUUGGAGACCAAGCUCGGAGAGCUGACUUCUACUGGCGCACCCCAGACUCAACAGCAGGUUAAAAAAGUGCACACUAAGAACGUUAAGAAACAAAUAGGAGGUCAAAAAUUGGAAUAGUGACAUAGGUAAGCGAUACCUUACUCUGGUGACUUCGAGUCUUGCCUGUCCAUCUGAACCAUGUGUUGAAGGGGUUGUUUGUCAUUUGCUUGCAUGAAUAAGGGUCAAGCAGAUUGUUGAUAUUUGAUUAAUUUGGUUAUGAACACACUGGAUUUUGUUUCCUUAUUAACAUAUUUUUUAUUAUCUCCCUCUUUUAAAGCUAUUCUAUUUUUUUCAUAUUUGCUUUGAGAGUAGGUUUCACUGUAUUAUUGGCUGUGAAAUAAAGAAAAAUAUGUGCAAUGUUCGUAAAUUGGAUAAGAAAUUCAGAAAGUGAGAAUGCUUGUAAUUUUCUUAAAAGGAAAUUAUGAAUACAAAAGAAAAGCAAACAUUUCAACAAAAAGCUUGGAGUCUUAGAUUCAGAUAUAUUUUAAACUAUUCUGUCUAUUACUGUUGGCAGAGUGUGCUCUUGUAAAGUCAGCAUGAAACAUUUUUAGUAGCUUUUUUCUCUCCUUUCCUCUGAAAAUACAAAAUACUGCACGUUGUUUGAAUCCUUGUCCUUUAGGAGAAAGCCUAGUGAAGUUUUUGUGUUUACACAGAACAUGGAUGUGCUUCUGCACCAAUUGUGUUAUCUUGUUGAUUCAGGACUUGGCCAUGUAGGCUGCAGUUAGUGUUAGUUGAUUUCCCUCCCCCCCCUUUUUAAUAUUGGUAUAUUCUUUAGUAUAUGAAUGCCUCUAGGCUGCAUAGCUUUUUUAGUGUACUUAUUUUGUUUUACAUUUCUUUAUAAACAAGAGUACAUCAAGUACAGUAUAUAUUAGUUCAUAUAAUAGCCCUCCUUGGAGACUGAUACUAGUCAGUGUGAUAUCUAUUCCUCAAGUAUGUUAUCAGUAUUUUAGGUUUUACCUUGUUAUUGAUAUUUUUUC